AGCGUUCAGGAGUUUCUCGCUGCUUUCUAUCUGUUUUACUCAUAUGUAGUAAAGAACAAUGAAUUACUAAAAUUGUGGGCUGAAAAUUAUAAAUAUGAUCAUGACUGUGGAUAUAAUAAGCAGGUGUUUGAUGAAUUCUCUCUGUAUGGGUUACUAACAACAGCAGUUGAUCAAACUCUUCUGAGUGAAAAUGGGCACCUGGAUCUUUUUUUGAGGUUCCUGCUGGGUAUUUCAAUGGAGUCCAAUCAAAAACUCCUACAGGAUCUACUGACAAACACAGAAAACAGCUCAGAGACAAUCAGAGAAACCACACAGUACAUUAAAGAUGAAAUCAAGACAAAUGACAGUCUCUCCGCUGACAGAUCCAUCAAUCUGUUCCUCUGUCUGCUGGAAGUGAAAGAUCACACUCUGUACCAAGAGAUUCAGGAUUUUGUGAAAUCAGACAAACACUCAGAGAAUAAACUCUCUCCAGCUCACUGCUCAGCAAUAGCCUACAUGCUUCAGAUGUCAGAG